CACGCAGCAGCUGGCGGCCACGAUCGUGACGGAGAGAAGAAUAAGGGUGACGUGUUCAACGACGACCUCUACGGAUUUUGCCGCUGCCACCAGUCCGAGCUUCACACCAACGAGCAGUGGCGUUUCCAGCAGUAACUGUGGCGCGCGCGUUCGAAAGAGGGCGCCGACGAACGCCGCUUGGGCGGCGGCAGCCGCGGUGGCGGCGGUAGCCAGCGAGGGGGUACACCGCCGCCGGGGCCUGGCCGCGGUGGCGGGCGAUGGGUGAGGAUAGAAGGGCAGCAGCACCACACCGGUCAUGGUGGCGGUGGCUGCAGCCAAGCCUCACCCCCCCCCGCGACCUGUUCGUGGUCGUGGGCCUGGUGGUCGUCUGGGGCGUCACCCGGGGGGUCGUGGGCCUGCGGGACGCCACAGCAGCGACGAUCGUGCCCAGAGAGAGCGGGCAGGGAGAGAGCCGGGGCACGCGCGUCCUUGACACGGAAGAGAGCAGGCGCGUACGUUGUUACUACGCCCACGAUGAUGGUGGCUACUACGAAGACUACGGCGACUACGACGACGGCUACCACUACGUCGACGGCUACUACGACGCCGGGUACGCCCACUACGCCGGCGGUGGGGACAGCUACAGCUACUCCUCCGGGUCCGUUGACAUGAACCGCUUCCACCGUUCCCUUGCCCACGCUUGCGAGCCUCUUUUGAGAGAAACUUCCCAGCAGAGAGGCAUCGUGCUCACGGGCAAGCUGGAACCGUACACGGACUGCAUGAUGGCGAAGCGCCUCGCGGUGGAACAAGGUGUACGGUCUCCGGCGGAAGUCCGACUCGCUGGAGGCAACGAAAGGCUGCUGGCGGACGUGGGGCGGUACGACCUCGGGCGCAUCGAGUGUUUCCGCGUCGACAACGGCACCGAAUGGACCCGCGGCGACUUCCGGUGCCUUUGCGACGACAACGGCAUCGGCGUCGAGUUCACCCCGCCUGGCACUCCGAAGUACAACGGCGUCGUCGAGAGCACCAUCUGGCGGAUUAUGAAGGCCGGCAUGGCCGCCCGCCGCAGCGCUGGUCGUGUGUUCAACGUCGACUUCCUCUCCAUCCCCGGCCUCGACGAGGGCGGUGACCGUCUUUGGAUGAAAUCGGCGAAGUGGGCCGCCGAGGCUCUCGACCAGUCGGCGACCAAGGCCAACCCCGGGCGGCGCUCGCCGCACGAGAUGUUCACCGGCGAGCAGGGGCCGUUCCGCGUGCUGCCGUUGUUCCAGCCCGGCUUCAUGCGCGAGGAUCGCCGCACCAAGCUCGACGACCAGGCCACCCCCUUAUACUACCUGAACGGCGGCGACAACCACCCGAACGGCACCGUCAAAGUCCUCAAGGCGUCCACCAACCGCGUCGUCCACACCAACAACGUGUCGAGGGUGACGUCGGCGCCAGCCGGCGAGUGGGGUUUCGCUGCCGCCCCCGCGACCACGCCGCCGCCCGCUCCCAUUCCUUCACAGCCGCCCUCUGCCGCUUCGCUGUCACCGUCGGCGACCCCCGAUCCAGACCAGCCGCCGGCGCGGCCAAACCCCGCGAUGCCCCCGCUUACGGCUCAAGCCAUGCGGCAGCUUCGCCCGGGUACAAAGGCCGAGGGUAUGAAAGACCUGCGGCUGCCAAGCCGUACGAGAUCGGGCACAAGGCACAGCACAGGACUCAUCUCGAUGCUAUACAAGAAUACUCUGGUGUCGAUGCUGGAGGCUCGGAGCGCGGUGGAUGAGGAGCGCGGGGACCUGACGCCAGCGGAGGCCGGAGAGCCGAGGGGAGCGGGGGGCGGAGAGCAGGCGGGAGCACUCGCAGCGGCGGACCCUUUCCACUCGCAUUUGCCACGCUUCUCGCCAACCGGGAAGACAUCGACGCGACGCUGCGAGACCAGCGCCCGCCGCAGCAACGCCCUGACCUUCCGNAAGAAUACUCUGGUGUCGAUGCUGGAGGCUCGGAGCGCGGUGGAUGAGGAGCGCGGGGACCUGACGCCAGCGGAGGCCGGAGAGCCGAGGGGAGCGGGGGGCGGAGAGCAGGCGGGAGCACUCGCAGCGGCGGACCCUUUCCACUCGCAUUUGCCACGCUUCUCGCCAACCGGGAAGACAUCGACGCGACGCUGCGAGACCAGCGCCCGCCGCAGCAACGCCCUGACCUUCCGCACUGCCAGGCCAGCGACCUUCGUGUUCCCAAGAGCUACAAAGAGGCCAUGGCGUCGGAGCACCGGCACCUGUGGAGCGACUCUGUGCUAA